AUGAUUGAUGCCAAAAAUUACAAUGCUCUUAGCUUGGCCCAGCCAACAGACUUCAAGUCCAUGCUGAAGUCGGGAGAAUUGCUCUGGGGCACACAAUGUCGAAUCCCGCAUGAAGAAGCUGCUCGAGUUGUCGCUGCGACACCAUUCAAUUUCUGUUUUAUCGACGCGGAGCAUACUCCUCUCAAUUCUACACUUCUCGCCAGUCUCAUUCGAACUGUCCAGUAUCACUCCAAUGGUGCUAUGGUCCCUUUUGUGCGAAUUCCCAGUUCGACACCAGAUCAAGUGAAUCAUGCACUUAAUGCAGGAGCCGGGGGUAUAGUCAUGCCUCAUGUUCAGAAUGCGCAACAAGCACGUACGCUUGCUCAACUUGCGCGAUUUCCUCCACAAGGUGGUCGGAGUUUCCCUCCAGCUGCUCUAAUUGGGGACUCGCAAUCAAAGACGCCUGCGGGAAAAACAAUUUACGAUGUUUGGAACGAUAACAUCGCUGUUUUCUGCCAAAUUGAAGAUCCUGAGGGCGUGAGGAAUGUGGAUGAGAUCUGCAAAGUUCCCGGAAUCGACGGAAUUUUAGUUGGCACAGGUGACCUCCGAAUGUCGAUGGGGUUGCCCGGUGGAACGUUGGACGGAGAUGAAGAUAUUUUUCUCGAUGGCUUGUAUAAGAUUUGCCGUGCCGCAGCUGCAAAUGAUAUUCCAAUCAUGGGGUUUGGCUCUACCCCACAGAUACUGGAAAGACGAAUCACGAUGGGUUGGAGGGCGUUCAUUGUUCAUGCGGAUUUCUCGGGCAUUUACAAUUCUGCGGUCCAGAGCAUCUCGUCCUGUCAAGGGAUUGCGGAUCGUGUAACCGCCAGCCCAGUACAAAAUGGAGUGCUAGGAGAGAACUAG